AUGACCCUCGGAUGGUGGCCAACCGAGGAAAAUGACCCUCGGGUGUUGGCCAACCGAGGAAACUGCAUACAUAUGUAUAUACACAUUUCCCAAACUCAUGGGCUGGCGGGGCCAAUCAAACCCCUGUCAACGGAAGCAACAACCAAAAGCAGCCUCUUCUCGACCCUUGCCCCGCCACCGACGAUCAACGGCAGCGAGAAUGGAAGCUCACCGGCCAACCACCACCCACUCAAACCCAUCCUCCCCCCUGUCCGCACUAGCCAGCUCUGGAUGCUUUCGGUCCUGCGCGCCUCAGGUAUUUCUCCGCCUCAGUAUAGCUCCAUUGCCAAGUAUGGCUCAGUGGGGAGGCUACCUGUGACCGUUGUUCAUAACAGAACUAAACAGGCUCAACCUACUAAACAAAGACACACGCGCUUGAGACCACUCGAAAUGCAAAUUAUUUAA